AUGAUCAACCGGCUGCAUGGCCAGCCCGACAGUUACGAUAAGAAAUCCGCCUACAAAUUCGGUCGAACUCUGGGUGCAGGCACGUACGGAAUUGUACGCGAAGCAGAUGUCAAUGGGCAGAAGGUCGCAGUCAAGAUCAUUCUCAAGAAGAAUGUCAAGGGCAAUGAGAACAUGGUCUACGAUGAGUUGAAGAUGCUACAAAGUGUCCAACAUCCACAUAUCGUCAGAUUUCACGAUUGGUUUGAGUCAAGAGACAAAUACUACAUCGUGACCCAACUUGCGACCGGCGGAGAGCUCUUCGACCGGAUCUGUGAUCAGGGCAAGUUCACCGAGAAGGAUGCCUCACAAACCAUCAGACAAGUCUUCGAAGCGGUGGACUACCUCCACGACAAGAACAUUGUCCACCGAGAUUUGAAGCCCGAGAAUCUACUCUACCUGACGCGAGAUCCCUCGUCCCAGCUCGUACUCGCCGACUUCGGUAUCGCGAAAAUGCUGGAUAACCCUGGAGAGGUGCUCACUAGUAUGGCUGGCUCCUUUGGCUAUGCAGCGCCCGAAGUCAUGCUCAAGCUUGGUCACGGAAAGGCUGUGGAUAUGUGGUCAUUGGGUGUCAUAACAUACACUCUGCUCUGCGGCUACUCUCCGUUUCGAUCGGAAAACCUGACGGACUUGGUCGAGGAGUGCAGGAGUGGCCGUAUCGUCUUCCAUGAGCGAUACUGGAAAGAUGUCAGUCAGGACGCUAAGGACUUCAUCAAAGCUCUACUCCAGCCCGAUCCCAAGAAACGUCUGACCAGCAAGACCGCUCUUGCGCAUAUGUGGUUGACGGGUGCUACUGCCUCUGAGCACGAUCUGUUGCCCGAGAUCCGCUCGUAUGUGGCCAAAGCUAAGCUCAAGCGUGGUAUAGAGCUCGUCAAGUUAGCCAAUCGCAUCGAGCAGCUCAGAAUGCAGGAAGAGUCGCCGGAGGCAAAUGAUACCGCCGAUAUCCCGACCGGCGCUCCCGGUGCAGCAUCCUUGGCUGUCGAAAAUCAACAAACCCGAGGUGUAUCCCCAGGCAGAGGUUUGAGCACAGAAGACUCCGGCGAGAGCAAGAUGGGCAAUGCUGCCAAGUCACAAAUCUUCCGCGAGGUUGUACUGGCCAAAGUGAGAGAGAUGAAGCAGGACCAAGAGACGAGCAAAUUGAUCGCUGACGCGACAGAAGCGCAUGAGAGGCGGAAGAGCUUUCAGGGCGGAGACAGGCCGAAAUAG